AUGAGCGACGAACUCAAACUCAGCGACUACCGAGUGGCCCCCGGCUGCACCAUCCACAUGCGCUGUGAAGUCUACGAAGGUGGCUGCAGCGUCAGUGCAGCAGCAGCAGCAGCAGCAGCAGCAGCAGCAGCAGCAACGGGAAGGCUACGGCGGCGGCUCUCUCGGGGGCCAGGCUUGACUCGCCAACUCCCAGCGCCAGUCCUUAAGUCUAUCCAAGAAGGUCUUUUUGGCGCAGCGAAACGCAUUUCUUGCUGCCGCAGCAGCAGCAGCAGCAGCAGGAGUCCUCGAGCUGCUGCAGCAACAGCAGCAGCAGCAGCAGCAGCAGCAGGUGGGGGCGGGUUGGAAGGGGCGUUGGGGAGAUGCGCUUCCAAUGGCAGCAUCAGUGCAGCAGCAGCAGCAGCAGCAGCAGCAGGGAAAAUAGCGGAAGCAGCAGCAGCAGCAGCAGCAGCAGAAGCAGCAGCAGCGGAAGCAGCGAAAGCAGCAGCAGCGGAAGCGGUGGAAGCAGCAGCAGAAGCUGCAGCAGCGGAAGCAGCAGCAGCUGCUGCAGCAGCGGAAGCAGCAGCAGCUGCUGCAGCAGCGAAAGCAGCAGCAGCAGCGGAAGCAGAAGCAGCAGCAGCAGCUGCAGCAACGAAAGCAACAACAGCAAUUGCGGCAGCGAAAGCAGCAGCUGCUGCUGCAGCACCGAAAGCAGCAGCUGCUGCUGCAGCACCGAAAGUAGCAGCAGCUGCUGCAGCAGCGAAAGCAGCAGCAGCUGCUGCGGCAGCGAAAGCAGCAGCAGCUGCUGCUGCAGCGAAAGCAGCAGCAGCUGCUGCAGCAGCGAACGCAGUAGCAGCUGUUGCAGCAGCGAACGUAGCAGCAGCUGCUGCAGCAGCGAAAACAGCAGCAGCUGCUGCUUCUUUUGCUCCGGCUGCGAGGACAAGUGUGCUGCUGCUGCAGCUGCUUGCAGCCCUCAACUACUGCGUGCUGCAGCACGAGAGAUGUGCUGAAACGAUGAAGCAGCAGCUGCUGCAGCAGCUGCUGCAGCUGUUGCUGCAGCUGUUGCUGCCGCUGUUGCUGCAGCGAAAUACAGCAUUUGACGCAAUUCAGCAGCAGCAGCAGCAGCAGCAGCAAGGCUGCAGCAGCAGCAGCAGCAAAAGCUGCGGCGACACCAACCCUGCAGCGGCAGCAGCAGCAGCAGCAGCAGCAGCAAAAAGACAGCAGCAAAUGAACCUUCCAGAGACCCCAGGGGCUUUUCUCCCCACUGUGGACAGCACAGCAGCAGCAGCAGCAACAACAGCAGCAGCAACACCAGCAGCAGCAGCAGCAGCAGCAGCACCCCCCAUCGAUUCACCGCAGCUGGGGGCCUCCCUACCCUCUCUUGUGCCGCUUUCAUAUCCUGCUGCAGCAGAAGCAGCAGCAUGGCCCCUUGGGGGCCCCUCAGGGGGCCCCCAAGGGGCCCCCCCGGGGGGGCCCCCCGGGGGCCCCCCGGGGGGCCCCCCCGAGGGGCCCCCUGACGGGGCCCCCCAGGGGCCCCCGGGGCCCCUGAUGGGGGCCCCCGCCCCCGCUAGCUUGAGCGGUGCUGCAGCAGCAAAUGGGGGCCUCCCAGGUUUUGCUGCUGCUGCUGCAGGAGGGGCCCCAGAGGCCUUUGGGGGCCCCCCUCAGCCCUUCUACCCCGGGGGGCCCCUCCCAAACCCUUUUCAGGGUAUUGGGGGCCCCCUAGACCCAGAACUGUCAAACUAUUUGGCUGCGGGGGCCCCCAUGGGGGCCCCCGGGGGUGGGGGGCCCCUAGGGGGGCCCCCCGUGGGGGCCCCCCUUGGGGGCCCCCUAGGGGCCCCCCUAGGGGCCCCCCUGGGGGGCCCCUUGGGGGCCCCCCUGGGGGCCCCCGGCAGCGCUGCUGGGGGCUUUGCUGUUCCAGACCCUCUCACAACUGGACAGGCCAAAGGACGCGGGAGGGGCCGCCGCGGAGGCCGUGCAAGAGGGCGAAACGUUUACCCAGGAAAGACCCGCUGGCAGGUAGCAGCAGAACGAGCAGCAGCAGCAGCAGCAGCAGCAGCAGCAGCAGCAGAAAAAGCAGCAGCUGAAGGGCUUCCGGGGGCCCCCGCAGGGGCCCCGGGGGCCCCCCCGGGGGCCCCCGGGGCCCCCGGGGGGCCCCUAGGGGCUUUGCUGCAGCAAGGCGGGGGGCCCCUGCGGCGCACCGCCCGCAGCGCCCGUCUGGUGGCUUCGCAGAUUAGAGAAACAGCAAGACAGCUGGGGCAGCAGCAGCAGCAGCAGCAGGCCCCCUUGCUGCCGCUGGCUGUGCCUGCUGCUGCUGCUGAGAAGGCAGCUGCUGCAGCAGCAGCUGCUGCUGCUGCAGCAGCAGCUGCUGCAGCUGCAGCUGCGGGCACGGCACCGGCAGGCAAUGCUGCAGCCCCUGUUGCUGCUGCAGGGGCUCCUGCUGCUGCUGCAGCACUGCUGCCAGCAGCCACAGCAGGGGCUGCAGCUGCUGCUGCUGGUCCAGCUGCUGAGCUAGCGACUGCAGCAGCAACGCCACCUGCUCAGGACGCAGCAGCAGCUGCUGCUCCUGUAGCAGCAGCAGCAGCAGUGCCAGCUGCUCACGCUGCAGCCGCUAGCGAUGGAGGAGCUGCUGCAGUGGAGCCAGCAUUAGCAACUGCAGCAGCAGAUACAGCAGCAGCAGCAGCAGCAGCAGCAACAGAUGCAGCAGGCGGCGCAGCACUGCCUGAGAGCGUUGCAGCAGCAGCAGCGCCAAUGUUUGCAGCAGCAGCAAGUGCUGCUGCCGACGCUGCAGCAGCUGCCACCCCUGCAGCAGCAGCAGAAGAGAGGGGGCCUGAUUUGCAGCCCCAAGCUGCUGCAGCAGCAGUAAUUGAAGCCGCAACAGCAGCAACUGAUGGUGCAGCAGCAGCAACAAAUGGUGUGGCUGCAGCAGUAACAAAUGAUGUCGCAGCGGCAGCAGCAGCAGCAGCUGAUGCUGCGGCUGCUGCUGCAACAAAUGCUGCAGCAGCAACAACCGACGCAGCAGUAGCAGCAGCUGAUACCGGGGCAGCAGCCACUGACGUUGCAGCAGCAGCAGCACCUGUUGCUGCAGCAGUAACCGAUGCAGCAGCAGCAGCAGCAACUGACGCUACAGCAGCAACGGCAACUGACGCUGCAGCAGCAACCGACGCUGCAGCGGCAGCAGCAACUGCUGCUGUAGCAGCGGUUGACGCAGCAGCAGUAGCAGCAACUGACGCAGCAGGAGCAGCAGCAGCAACUGAUGCUGCAGGAGCAGCAGCAGGUGCUGCAGCCGCAGCAAUCGAUGCUGCAGCAGAAGUAACGAGCGCAGCAUCAGCAACUCUUGCUGCCAGCAAUGAAGCAGCAAAGCCAUAG